AAAAAACCUACCCAAUGGGGCUUUCAAACUUUAGGUCCCGACUUCAAACAUGCGUAUUUACUUACUUAUCCGGAAAAAAUUCAUUGCAUCUGAUGCUGCUACCGAAGAUUUAGCAUUUAAAGACAUCCAUACCUAGACUGGAUCCGCGCUACUAUUAGAAGGACCCUUCGUAUUAUGUCUGUAGUUUCAAUUUAAUAUUCGAGGUUCUUGUUGUCAACGUUUAGGCUGGGUUUACGGUAAGAUGAUGUGAUCAGCUCAUCUGCUUUACUAGCCAAGUUCAAUUGAAAAUUUGGAUUGAAAUGGGUGAUGUGAUGAAGCAUCCAUAUAUUCCAGAGGAGCUUCAGCUUCCUGGCUAUGUUCCCAUUUUCUUCACCCGAGCUUACAUUGUGGGUGUCUAUGCGGCUGCCUCUUCUUUGCUUGUUUUAUUCACUUGGAUUUUAUCAGGAAGAUGCUCGAAGAUCACUACAAUUAACAGAGUUCUGAUGUGCUGGUGGGCAUUUACUGGCUUAACACAUAUUAUUCUGGAAGGGUAUUUUGUUUUUUCUCCAGAUUUUUACAAGCUCAAGUCUCCUGUUUACUUGGCUGAAGUUUGGAAAGAGUAUAGCAAGGGUGAUUCAAGAUAUGUAGCAAGGGAUUCUGCUGUAGUUACAGUAGAAGGAAUUACUGCUGUGUUAGUUGGUCCUGCAAGCCUUCUCGCUGUGUAUGCCAUAGGAGCAAGGAAGCCAUACAGUCACCUAAUUCAGUUUGCGGCUUCUUUGAGCCAACUUUAUGGUGAUGUAGUGUAUUUUGUCACAGCAUAUCUGGAAGGGGACAAUUUCUCUGCCAGCGGACAUUAUUAUUGGACUUAUUAUGUUCUGGCAAACAGCUUUUGGGUGGUAAUACCCAUGUUUAUUGCAGUAUCAUGCUGGAAAAAAAUAACUCGGGCAUUUUCAAGUGAGAAAACAAAAAAAAUCUAGUUUUUGUGUUCCAUCUAGAGCAUUGAUGGUGCUACAUUAUUGCUGAUUUUACCAAACUUUUGCAUUGAGAAGGGUGAGUUAAUUUAAAUGACAUUCUGUACCACUUACGAGUGGAAUCUUAUUUAUUGGUCAAAAAGCAUGUAUACUGAGGAAUUUUAAAAGUUGUCUUCCCUCUAGAAAGUCAUCAAUGCUGUGCCACUCCCCAUUUGCUCCAUGUUUUCAAUGUGCAAACUGACAAUUCUAGAUAUAAUAAAAUGGCAAUUUAGACCUUGCAAA